CCGGGGCAGUGUUGAAGGCUCACCGGCAGUGUGGCUCCCAGCACCCCCUGCAUGCCCAUGAUGAGGGGGCUCCGUGCCCGCUACCACCUCCUGCCCGACAAGGAUGAGGAGCAGCCCAUGGUAUGCAGGGAGCCGGCCGGCGAGGGGCAGCCGGGCUGGGAGGGAGCCCCAGCAGCGGUCCCAGACCUGGAGGAGCCGUGCAAGCUGGUGCUCAGCAUGCCAAGCAGUGUCCUGCAGGACAGGGAGAUCCAGGAGCUGGGCUCCCACCUGCCCCCCCGACUGAUGCAGCAGCCCUGGCACCUGCUCUACUGCACUGGCCGGGAUGGCUUCAGCUUGCGGACCCUGUACCGGUGUGGGAACCAGCCAGGUUGCCCUGCCCUGCUGCUCAUCAGGGACACGGAGGCACAGGCCUUCGGUGCCUUCUCUGCCACCCCCAUUCGCUGCAGCAAUGGCUUCUACGGAACAGGGGAGACUUUCCUCUUCUCCUUUUCCCCCGAGCUGAAGGUGUUCAGGUGGACAGGCAGGAACAACUUCUUCCUGAAAGGGGAUGUGGACCUGCUGAUGGUCGGUGGGGGCAGUGGCAGAUUUGGGCUGUGGCUGGAUGGAGACCUACACCAUGGGGGCAGCCACCCCUGUGAGACCUUCGGCAACGAGACCCUCUCACACCGGGAAGAGUUCUGCAUCCAGGACCUGGAACUGUGGGGCCUGGCCUGACCCCACCGCCCACACAUGGGGACAAAUGUGGCAGCGAGGGGAUGCUUUGAGAGCAAUGCCAUGUUCAACAGCUGUUCCCUGCCAGCACCUGCUGAGCCUGCUGGGUCAGUGCACAGCCUUGCCCCUGCCUCCUUCCACUCUGUCACCACCAAUGUUCCCGUUUCAUGUGCCAACAGUCAGUGGGGGCAAUGUGAUAGGGGCAGAGUGAUGGCAACAGGCUGCAGUGGGAUCUCAGCCUCCCCGCAGUGCUGCUGCCACCAUGCUGGGGUCCCUGCAGGACCGACCCCCACCACGGCACCAAGCACCCUGCCUGGCUGGGAUGAUGCAGAGCCGCCCCAGGAGGAGGGUGUGUGGCAGGGCCGAGCAGCCCCAGGUCCCCAGAUGGAGGAGCAAGCUUGGAGAGGAGGAUGAUGCUGGCAAGACGGAGCAAGCCCAGGCAACCUCUGUCCCUCCAGCCGUGGCCCCUGGGGAUGGUGCUGCCAGGGCUGGCAGGCAAUAUGGUGGCUUCUCAUCAAUAAACAGGCAGAGCCGUG